CUAUUUUAUGCAAUCCUGCUUACUAUUGGAAGAAACAGAAGGCUUGAAUAUAAUUUGUUUGUUUUUUGUUGUAGUGGGUGUGUUUGUAUACACAAGGGUAAGCUUAGAAGGCAGUAAAUGAUUUCCUUUUGUAUUUAUAAAAAUAAAUGGAUGAUAUAUUUUUUCAACUGUAUUUUGUUCCCGUUUAGAAAUCGAUUAAACGGAUUAUAUACAUAGGUUUUAUAUUUGAUAAAACCGUAUGAUAUUAUACAUACAUAUUUACAUAUGUUGUUUAAUCCAAACAAAUACUCCUCUGCAUUACUCCCACAAAUUACAAAAAGUAAUAGAGGCGUAAUGUAGAGGAGUAUAAACCGCCCCAACUUCACGCAACAGGCGAAAAAGGAGGAACAAAGAAGACAACUUUCCCGCGCUUUUUGCCUUUAGCCAUGCAGCGAACACACAAGUGAACACGGAGAAACAUACAAUUGGAAUACACAGUGAAUAUAACAAGUGAAUACAAGCGAAACAACAAGUGAACAAUUACCAUACAAAGUGAACUCAAGAAUAAUCCCUAACUACUACAUAAAACAAUACGGAGACAACCAAGGAAUCCACCAAAAUUCAUCAUCAAACACCCACAACGAGGGAAUAAAUCCAGCACACAAAAAGGAAUUAACAUAUUUAAAAUCACAACAAUACGUAUGUAUAAGUGUAUAGAGGUAUUAACUCUCAUUUUUAAUAUUAGCACACAUACACAUAUAUAUAUUUGUAUAAACCAAAUUAAUUAUUAAACCAACAUAUUAUAACGUUUGAACCCAAAAUAAUAAUCUUUUAAUUAUUCGAACUCGGCCCCCUACGUCGACUUACCCCGACAUUUUUGGUCCUAUCGAGCCGCGAUAAUUAAAAGAAAAAGACUUCGUGGGAAUUUUAUCAACAACAUCAUCGUUGGAGUUCCAGACCCAAACCAAAAAUCAAAAGAGUGCACCCAACAAACAAAAACUCUAUACGCUGAAGCAACAAACACCCUUCAAGUAAAACAAAAAAAUAAAAAAGAACCGAAAUUAAUAAAGCGGAAAAACUGUAAGUGCGGCCCAUAUUUUUUCUAUACAAUAAUAUAAAGUGCAAAUCAUAUUUGUUAAAAAACAAUACCCAAUUUCCAAAUUGUGUCCUUAAGCACACUUAAGCAUAAUUUAUUUGUUUUAUUGGGUUGACAAAAAUUUGAUUUGCACUAUUUAAUUAUAUAUACAUACAUACCCAAGAGAAGAAGUGCAAUAAUAAAACAUAUGCAUAUAUUUUGCCGUCGGCUAUUGCAUUCUUCUCGUUGAACUCAAAUUAUAUAUAUAAAUAAAUAUACACCCGCCAUUACAUACCUACAUACGAAUAGCGCACCCAUUCCUUUAUAUUUGUUGGUGACAAAAAUUGUUAGCAAACAGCACGUCAAAAGACAAAUACCCAGUAGGGAAUUAAAAAGGUGACCCAGUAGGAAAAAGUGCAAAACCCUGCAAAUUUUUUUAUUUAUCGAUUUUUUUUCCGCGAUUCAUCGGAAAUUUAAUAAUUUCUCAUCAAUAUUAACAAUCGGACACCGUCGAGAUACAAGCAAGAAAUUUAAUUUGAAAUUUUUAAAAUAAAUAAAGCACUAUACAAAAAGUUUUUAAAAUUUGUUUUCUUACAUUUUCGUAACCCUACGCGACUCAUUUUUCUCAUUUAACCCAAAAAUCAAAGAUAUUUUAACCAAAAAUGGAAAUGGAAGAUUUCAAAAUCACAACAACAGAUUUGAUUGAAUUCGUGGAAGACCAUCUUCAGACCCAAAGUGAAGAUGAUUCGGUCUAUACCCUAGAAAUUAAAAGGGUCGAACUAAAUUCGCUCUAUGAAAAAGCAAAGCGCUCAUACGAUGCGAUCAGAAGAAUUUCUCGCGAAAGUCAUGAAACCAUCGAUUUCUUUAAAGUGAAAGAAAAAUAUCAAAAAAGUUAUCGAAUGUACCUCUCUUGCUUAGCUUCCAUCAACGAAGAUGUAGAUGCGCGUAAAACACAAGUGUCAACCCAACCCAUUAAGGAAAGGACUUCAGAAGCCACAAUGAUGGAUUUCGCUCCUGCAGUUCACCUUCCACCAUGCGACACUGACAUCUUUUACGGAGAUUACACAACCUGGCCCACCUUUAGGGAUAUGUUUACAGCCCUGUAUAUCCGUAACCCAAGGAUUAGUAACGUUGAAAGACUCUUUCACCUUACUCAGAAGACCCGAGGAGAAGCAAGAGAGGUUAUUCAAAACGCACCCCUAACAAAUGAUGGUUUCAUACUUGCCUGGAAAAAUUUAGUCGACCAAUAUGAAAAUAAGAGGUUGCAGGUAAACACCCAAUUAAAGACCCUUUUUAACCUACCCCAAGUAACUCAGGAAACAGGUUGUGCUAUAAAAAGCUUACAACGUUCGGUCAAUAACGUUUUAACCAAUUUACACAAUCUUGAGAUUGACACACAAAGCUGGGAUCCGAUAUUAAUGUAUCUUUGUAAAGGGUGAUUUUUUAAGAGCUUGAUAACUUUUUUUAAAAAAAAAACGCAUAAAAUUUGCAAAAUCUCAUCGGUUCUUUAUUUGAAACGUUAGAUUGGUUCAUGACAUUUACUUUUUGAAGAUAAUUUCAUUUAAAUGUUGACCGCGGCUGCGUCUUAGGUGGUCCAUUCGGAAAGUCCAAUUUUGGGCAACUUUUUCGAGCAUUUCGGCCGGAAUAGCCCGAAUUUCUUCGGAAAUGUUGUCUUCCAAAGCUGGAAUAGUUGCUGGCUUAUUUCUGUAGACUUUAGACUUGACGUAGCCCCACAAAAAAUAGUCUAAAGGCGAGGCGUUAAAUCGCAUGAUCUUGGUGGCCAACUUACGGGUCCAUUUCUUGAGAUGAAUUGUUGUCCGAAGUUUUCCCUCAAAAUGGCCAUAGAAUCGCGAGCUGUGUGGCAUGUAGCGCCAUCUUGUUGAAACCACAUGUCAACCAAGUUCAGUUCUUCCAUUUUUGGCAACAAAAAGUUUGUUAGCAUCGAACGAUAGCGAUCGCCAUUCACCGUAACGUUGCGUCCAACAGCAUCUUUGAAAAAAUACGGUCCAAUGAUUCCACCAGCGUACAAACCACACCAAACAGUGCAUUUUUCGGGAUGCAUGGGCAGUUCUUGAACGGCUUCUGGUUGCUCUUCACCCCAAAUGCGGCAAUUUUGCUUAUUUACGUAGCCAUUCAACCAGAAAUGAGCCUCAUCGCUGAACAAAAAACGCGCGCGAAACACAUUUCGAACCGAACACUGAUUUUGGUAAUAAAAUUCAAUGAUUUGCAAGCGUUGCUCGUUAGUAAGUCUAUUCAUGAUGAAAUGUCAAAGCAUACUGAGCAUCUUUCUCUUUGACACCAUGUCUGAAAUCCCACGUGAUCUGUCAAAUACUAAUGCAUGAAAAUCCUAACCUCAAAAAAAUCACCCGUUAGUUCCAAACUACCUAAACAAACUCUCGAAAUGUUUGAAUAUACCCUAGCUGAUAAUUCAGAUAUACCGACGUGGUCAAAUUUCGACAGUUUUUUAACCCACAAAUACAAAACCCUCGAAUCUGUUGGAAACUUCAAAGCUUCAGUAGCAAAAUUACCCCCAUUCCACACCGGUGCAGUUAAAAGAACAGAAAGGAAAUACAACACUUUUCAUGCAAACGUGGCUGAAACGCCAAUUGCUAGACCCUCUAAUACCCAAAGAAAUAAUAAUUUCAACUUUACUCAACAUAAUAUAGAUACAGAAAGCUGUAAGCUCUGUAAAAAGCAGCACCCUAUUCGAGAAUGUCCCAAAUUUCUCGCAAUGAAUGUGGAGUCACGUAUCUCCACAAUCAAAAAAUAUGGUUAUUGCUAUAACUGCUUGGCCAUAUCACACAGCUACAAGAACUGUGUGAGUAAAUUCUCGUGUCGUAAGUGUCACAAAAAACACAAUACUCUGAUACACAGAGAAUCCAGCUUUCGACCUGAAUCCACUCCGGAAAUACCAAACGUCACUAGUUCGAACCAUGAAAACGCUUCAAGUACCGCACUACCCACCCAAAGCACAAAUACAAAUCGGUAAGCCUACACUACAACUAUACAGUCCACUAUAUCAUCAACCCAAGACCCACCCAACCCAAGUAGGAAGCAGAUAUUACUCGGUACUGCAAUGGUUCAAAUAGAACAUAAUGGCCAGUGAUAUUCCGCGAGAGCCCUUAUUGAUUCAGGAUCGGAAGCCACAUUUAUAUCUCGAAGACUUCAGAGAAGCUUGGAUAUACCCACCCACUCUGUAUCAGCCCAAGUGACCGGACUAAACAAUGCAGGUUCAGCAACACCAACGAACAUUUGUGAAAUCACGCUUUGCUCACCCUUAAACACAAAUUAUAAGCUAUCAGCACAGGCAUUUAUACUAAAUAGCCUAAAUGAUAAUUUACCCUCAUACCCCAUAGAUCCAAAGCAGUGUCUUAAAAAUCUUGGAUUCUCUUUAGCCGACACCCAAUUUCACAAACCCAGACCCGUGGAUAUACUAAUCGGUAGUGAUAUCUAUCCAAGUAUUUUACUCAAUGGAGUAAAGAGAAACGUACUAGGUUCACUUUUAGCUCAAGAGACAGAAUUCGGAUGGAUAUUGUCCGGACCCAUAACCCAACCCUCCCAAAAUUCCACCAUAGUAUCAUUUCAUAAUAAAGUGAAUCCCGAGAGUCUUCUCACACGUUUUUGGGAGGUGGAGGAAAUCCCAAAGGAAUCCGUAGUUUCCAAAUCGGACCAAAUUUGUGAGGAGAUUUUCCAAAAAACUACCCGUCGUAAUCCAGAUGGGUGCUAUAUAGUAACCCUACCCUUCAAAGAACCCGACAAUAUUGACAUCGGGCACUCUAGACAUAUAGCGUUGGCCCAAUUCCUCAGAAAUGAACGAGCUUUACUUAAAAAACCCGAAGUGAAAGCAGAAUACGACAAAGCAAUCAUGGAAUAUUUGGAACUCGGACAAAUGAAGAAAGUAGAGUAUGACCCUUCUAGUAAAGCGACCCAAUAUUACUUACCACACCACGCGGUCAUUAAACCCGACCGUAUAACCACGAAAUUGCGUGUGGUAUUUAACGCAUCUUGCCCCACGUCAAAUCACAAAAGCUUGAAUGACGUCUCACAUAUCGGGCCUACUUUACAGAAAGACCUUGUCAUUCUGAUCACAAAUUGGCGACUCUUCCAAUUCGUUUUUAAUGCGGAUAUUCAGAAAAUGUACCGGCAAAUACUCGUAGACCCUAAUCAUACUCGGUUCCAAAGGAUACUAUUUAGGAAUUCCCCAGAAGACACAAUAGAAUACUUCGAAUUGCAAACAGUCACGUUCGGCAUAAACUGUGCGCCGUAUUUAGCGAUCCGUACCCUCACGAAGCUAGCCGAUGAUGUUGAAGAAACCCACCCAUUAGCAGCCAAAAUACUUCGCCAGGAAAUGUAUGUAGACGAUGUUUUAGCUGGAACACAUGACCUGACCACGGCAAAGUCAGCACGAGAUGAACUCAUUUCCGCUCUGAAGACCCCAGGAUACGCUCUGCGAAAAUGGACCUCCAAUGACCCACACAUUCUGAAAGGACUUCCACAGGAUCAUCUUUUAGAGACAGAAACACUCAACCUUUCAGAACCCGAGAACACCAAAACCCUGGGCAUUCGAUGGAACUCCAAAAAGGAUUCAUUUUUCUUCCUCGUCAACCCAAUGGAGAAAAAACCCGCAUACACCAAACGAGAAGUUUUAUCAGCCAUAGCAAAAUUGUUUGACCCAGCCGGUUGGCUUAGUCCAAUAAUAAUCACGGCAAAAAUAAUUAUGCAACAAAUAUGGCUGGAUAAAACUGACUGGGAUGAAAGCCUGAAACCCCUCACCCUUCAUCGAUGGAACAGCUUCGUAAAGGAUUACGACAACAUCAACAAAAUUUAAAUACCCAGGUGGACCCAUUUUAACCCAACAGCCACCAUUGAAUUCCACGGUUUCUCUGAUGCUUCAGAAAAAGCAUAUGCCGCGACACUUUAUAUAAGGGUUUCAGUUGGAGACAAAAUAUGGACAACUCUCUUAGUGUCAAAAACAAGAGUUGCUCCCAUUAAAACCGUAUCCCUACCCAGAUUGGAACUCUGCGGAGCGGUACUACUGGCUAACCUUUUUAACUCUACCCUACCCCAACUACACCUAACCCAAUAUAAAAAUCAUUUUUGGACUGACUCAACCAUAGUUCUUGCUUGGUUAAACAAACCACCCUGUUCAUGGACCACUUUCGUUUCACAUCGAGUAGCUGCAAUCACCGAGAAAGUGGGAGUCGAUAAUUGGAACCAUGUGGAAAGCCAAGACAAUCCCGCAGACUUGGCAAGCCGAGGAUGUACACCCACCGAUCUAUUUGAUUACAACCUCUGGUGGCAUGGACCCCAAUGGCUACAACACGAAAAGGAGCAUUUUCCAGCAUCGGAGAAAACAUACAACACUACCGUGGAAUUCAAACCCGUUAAGACGUUUGCGAUAACCACCCAAGAGGAUAUACUCGAAAGGUUUUCCUCAUUCCCCAGAGCAAUUCGCGUUAUCGCUUACCUAUUCAGGUUUUGCGCAAAUGCCUCACCAAGGAGGCGAGAAAUUGAUUACUCAAACCACGAAAUAACCCCGGAAGAGUUCAAAACAACCCGAAUGAAGUUAAUCAUUCACACCCAAAAAACACAUUUCCGAGAAGAAUAUGAUGCAUUGACCCGUAAAACCCAAAUACAUAAGAAAAGUUCAUUAUUGACUUUAAAUCCAUUCAUUGACCCUAAAGGAGUUAUGCGAAGUGACGGAAGAUUAACUAAUUCGCAGCACUAUCAUAUAAUGAGCGCCACCCUAUCUUAUUACCCUAUAAUAGCCGUAUGACAAAAUUACUAACUCAAUUUACCCAUUUAGCAACGCUACACGGCGGAAAUCAGCUAGUUCUUCGACUCCUAAGGACAGAAUUCUGGAUACCCAAAGCAAAGAUGCUGAUUAAAACAAUCAUUCAUCAAUGCAAAACGUGCAUCAUACACAACAAGGCUCAACAAACCCAAAUAAUGGCAGCUCUUCCAAAUGAACGAACCAUC